AUGGCGAGCAGCAAUCCGAUCAGCGAGUUCAUCUCGACUCUCAUGGCGUCCAAGAGCGAGCAAGAGAAGAACGUGCAGACCCAUUUAUCGUCGCUGGUGGAUGGCGCCAAGUGGCGACUCGAAGACGAUCUGCCGGCCCGUAAGAAGACGGGAUUCCACCGCCACCAUCAACACACGAGCUCCGAGGGAUUCCCAGAGGUUCCGCGGCAGUACAUUGUGACGACGCACUCGCAGGGGCAAAACUAUGCCACGUACGCUGCGAACUCAUACGCGUCGGCCAUUGCGAUCCAAGAGGAGAUGAAGACGCGCGAGUUCUAA